UGAAUAUCACAUUCGUGUAUUUUUCCUAUCAAGCAAGGUUGUCCCUGAAGGGCCUUCUCCAAUAAUCCUUCCUGUCUCCCUCUUCAUCGUGCAUAUAUUUAUUUUUCAAUUUUAUUUUACAAACGUAUGAUGAAAAUAAAAUAGUCAUUCAAUUUUAAACUUUACUCUGGUGUCGACGUACUUGUUGUAUCAUUGAAAUAUUAUCUUUGUGCUAUUUUCCCCUGUAAAGAAACCAGAUAAAAUGGGCUGGACUGUAGCAAUGACCUUGGUGGGUCUAAUGACCCUCAUGACAGGUCUUGUCACAUCCUAUCACGUACCGGAUUAUAAUAUUUUACCACCUUUGCCUGAUAGAUCAUCAAUCAGCAAUAAUGACAAUAUAAAUAUUAAUUCAAAUAUUAAAUUUGGUUCAAUGAGGCUACCACUCAGAGAUGCAAUUGAAUCAAUACCAUUUCAUGAAUAUAAAAAUCAAAAAAUUCAUAAUAAAUUUGAUGAAAUCAUUGUAACAUCAGAAAGAUUAUAUGUUAAAAGUGGAUCAAGAGAUGCUGUUGAACGUCGUCCACCACCAUCACUUGGUACAAAUAUAUUAGAUCAUAAUUCAGUAUGGCUUGAACGACAUGUUACACCAUCAAUACGUAGUAGUAAUGAUAAUGAUUCAUCUGGUAUUAUAAUAUGUCAUUUAAAUUCAACUGGUUUAAAUCAAAAUGAACAGUUAACAUUUUUACCACAUUCAAUACCCAAAAGAAAGUGUACACAUAUUAUUUAUAAUGGUGCUGUAACUAUUGAUCAUACAACAUCAAUAUUAUCAUUAAAUAAUCAAGAUUAUGAUGAAGUCAAAGGUGGCUUUAAAUCUUUGUUAAAUUUAAAAAAAUAUAAUCCAUCAAUAAAUAUUUUAAUAUCAAUUGAAUUUGUCAAUAAAUAUACAACAUGUUGUCAUGAUACAAGUCAAUUGAUAAUUGAUUUUAUUGACAAAUAUAAAUUUGAUGGUAUUGAUAUUGAUUGGAAAAAUAGUAAUGACAAUGAUUUGCUAAAAUUAAUCAAUAAUAUUCGUAAAUCAAUGGAAGAUAUAAUUAUUGCUGUAACAAAAAGACAAAAUGACAAUGUUAAUCAACAAUUAUUAGAAUCAACAAAUUUAUUAAUUCUUCGUUCUUGGAUUAAUCAUGAUGUUGAUAAAAAAUCACAUCAUCCAAUAACACUUGAAAUUGCUAAAAAUAUAAUUAAAAAAUGGACGUCAAUUGAUUCAACUGGUAAAUUAAAUAAUAAAAUAAUUUUAAGUGUACCAUUAUUUGGUUACAGUUUUAAAAUGAAAUAUAAAAAUUCAACAUAUGUUAAUAAGGAAACAAUUGGUCCUGGUAUUGAAGGUGCAUAUACUAAAAAUAAAGGUAAACUUGGUUAUUAUGAAAUAUGUGAUAUUGUCAAUCAAGAUAACACAUGGAUUGGAGGAAGAGAUGAUGAUGGUGCAUAUAUUAAACGUGGUGAUCAAUGGAUCGGUUAUGAUGAUCCAAUAACAUUAAAAAUAAUAUCAGCUUAUAUCAAGACAAUUGGUAUUGGUGGUGUAUCAUUAUUCACCCUUGAUCUUGAUGAUUUCAUUGGUAUUUGUGGUGAUCAAUGGCCAAUGUUAAAUUCAGCAUUUAAUAUUAUUUCUGAUGAUAAAACUAAUUCAAUUGGUCAAUGUCAACAUCAUGAUAUACAUCCAGAUGAUAAUAAUUGUGCACGUUAUUUUAUUUGUGAUGAUGGAAAAUUAUAUAAUGAUUAUUGUGGUAAAAAUAAAUUUUAUGAUAGUAUACAUAAAAAAUGUGUUAAAGCAACUGCUGGUAUUUGUAAACAAUCAAAUAUCAAUGAACAAUAUAAAAUUGAAAAAAAAUUUAAAAAAAAAAUAACACAACGUAAUAAUAAUGAUGAUGCUAAUAAAAUGGUUGUAUGUUAUGUUACAUCUUGGUCAUUAUAUCGUAAAGAUAAUGGUAAAUUUGUGCCUGAAAAUUUAGAUAAAAAAUUAUGUAGUCAUAUUAUUUAUGCAUUUGCUGGUUUAAAUUCUGAUAGAUUAUUAAUUCAAGAAUUUGAUCCAUGGGCUGAUAUUGAUAAUAAACUUUAUGAAAGAAUAACAAUGUUGAAAGACAGUAGUAAAGUAUUAUUGGCACUGGGUGGAUGGACAGAUAGUACAAGUGAUAAAUAUUCAAGACUUGUUAGUAAUUCAGUUAAUCGUAAAAAAUUUAUAUCAAAUACAAUUGAUUAUUUGAUUAAAAAUAAUUUUGAUGGUAUAUCAAUUGAAUGGAAUUAUCCAAAAUGUUGGCAGAGUGAUUGUACACAAGGACCUGAUACAGAUAGACCAAAUUUUACAAAAUUUAUUAAUGAAUUAAGAGAUGCAUUUGAUGAUAUUGCUGAAUCAUAUCAUUUAACAUUAGCUGUAUCUGUUUCGGGUUAUAAGGAAAUAAUUGAUCGUGCAUAUGACAUUGAUAAAAUAAGUAAAGCUGUUGAUUUUAUGUCUGUUAUGACAUUUGAUUAUGCUGGAUCAUGGGAAACAACAACUGGUCAUUUGGCACCAUUAUACACAAUGCCAAAUGAUAAAAAUCCAUAUUACAAUAUUAAUUGGACAAUGAAUUAUCUAACAAGUCUUGGUGCUGAAAAAAAUAAAUUACUUAUUGGUAUACCAUUUUAUGGACAAUCAUAUCGUCUUUCAAAAACAGGCCAUUCAAGUAUGGGUGAUUCAGCAAGUGGUCCAGGUAUGCCUGGUGAAUUUACAAAUCAACCGGGUAUGCUUGCAUAUUAUGAAAUUUGUGAUCGUAUUAAACGACAGUCAUGGAAAACUGGAGCUGGUCCAAGUGCAUAUAAAAAUAAUCAAUUUGUAUCUUAUGAUGAUUCAAUGAGUGUUGAAAAAAAAGCUAAAUGGAUUGUUGAUAAUGAUUAUGGUGGUGUAACAGCAUGGACUGUUGAUCUUGAUGAUUUUACAAAUAAAUGUUGUCGUGGAGCAUUUCCAUUACUUAAAAGUUUAAAUAAUGGACUUGGAAGAAUAGCUGAUCCAUCAUUAUUUAAUAUAGAAGAUUGUACAAUACCAAAACCACCAAUUACACCAGAACCACCAAUUAUGACUGCACAUAGUGAUGCACAUGAUGGUGAUAGUCCAAAACCAACACGUCCAAUGACAUCAACAACAAUGAAAUCAACAACUUGGCCAACAUGGACUGAAAAACCAAUGACAACAACAAGUUGGAUACCAUGGAGUGAAAAACCAAGUAAAAAACCAUCAACAACAACAACUAGUUGGCCAUCAUGGAGUUGGAAACCAGAUAAUCCAACAACAUCAUCAUCUACAACACGACCAACAACAACAACAACUAAAAAACCAAUUAUUCAUGAACCUGAAUUAAUAAAUACACCUGGUGGAUCAUGUGACAAUGGUGAUUAUUCAUCAGAUCCAAAUAAUUGUGGUACUUAUUAUCGUUGUAUACAAGGAAUGUUGAGACGUGAAUAUUGUGCACCUGGUUUACACUGGGAUCAUAAUAAAAGAGUUUGUGAUUGGCCAUCAUUAGUUAAAUGUCAAUCAGGUACACAAAAACCAGCAGCAAGUACAACUAAAAGACCAAUAACAUCAUCAACAACAACAACAACUGUAAAACCAAAUAUACCUACACAUUGUCAACAUGGACAAUAUUAUCCAUAUCCAGAAUCUUGUACACAAUUUUUAAUAUGUGUUAAUGAUAAUUUAGUUAUGCAAAAUUGUGGUCCAGGUUUAAAUUGGAAUGAUGAUAAAAAAAUGUGUGAUUGGGCAUUUAAAAAAUCAUGUACAAUGAAACCAAAUAAAAAUUUACAAUUUUCAAUUAAAAAUGAAAAUAAUGAAUGUAUAUCUGGUAGUUUUAAUGCUGUUGAUGGUGAUUGUAGUAGUUAUCAAUAUUGUCUUUGGGGUAAACCUGAAAUAAAACCAUGUCCACCAGGUCUUCAUUUUAAUAAACAAACAUCUCAAUGUGAUUGGCCAGAAAAUGCAAAUUGUGAUGUAGGAAAUAUUGUAGUUACAACAAGUUCAACAGCUGAUAAUGAUAAAACAAAUAAACCAUCAAAUCAAUUAACAACAACAACAACAAGACGUCCAAUUAAACCAACAAUUAAACCAACAAAUAAACCAACAAAUAAACCAACAGUUAAACCAACUAUACCAUCAGCUGAAAUUGAUCCGGCAAAAGUAUCAACCCUAUCUGGCUAUUACAAAGUUGUUUGUUAUUUUACAAAUUGGGCAUGGUAUCGUAGAGGAAGUGGAAAAUAUUUACCCCAACAUAUUGAUCACACAUUGUGUACUCAUAUUAUUUAUGGAUUUGCUGUAUUAGAUUAUUCUGAGCUAACAAUAAAAGCUCAUGAUUCAUGGGCUGAUUAUGAUAAUAAUUUUUAUGAAAAAGUUGUUGCAUAUAAAAAACGUGGUUUAAAAGUAUUACUAGCACUUGGUGGAUGGAAUGAUUCAGCUGGUGAUAAAUAUAGUCGUUUAGUUAAUUCAGCAUCAUCAAGAAAAAAAUUUAUUGAUCAUGCUAUUAAAUUUAUAAAUAAAUAUGGUUUUGAUGGUAUUGAUUUAGAUUGGGAAUAUCCAGUAUGUUGGCAAGUUGAUUGUAAAAAAGGACCAUCAUCAGAUAAAAAUGGUUUUACAUUACUUGUUAAAGAAUUAAAUAUACAACUUAAAAAACAAGGACAAUUAUUAUCAUCAGCUGUAUCACCAAGUAAAAUGGUUAUUGAUGCUGGUUAUGAUGUACCAGAAUUAUCAAAAUAUCUUGAUUGGAUAUCAGUUAUGACAUAUGAUUAUUUUGGUCAAUGGGAUAAAAAAACAGGUCAUGUUGCACCAUUAUAUCAUCAUCAAGAUAUUGAACCAUCAUAUUUUAAUGCAAAUUUCACAAUUAAUUAUUGGAUUAGUAAAGGUGCAUCACCACGUAAAUUAGUUAUGGGUAUACCACUUUAUGGACAAUCAUUUACAAUACAUGAUCCAAAUCGUAGUGGUCAUGGUUUAAAUGCACCAGCAAGUGCUGGUCUUGCUGGUGAAUUUACUCAAGCUGCUGGAUUUUUAGCAUACUAUGAAAUAUGUGAUAGAAUUAAUAAUCAUGGCUGGACAGUUGUACAAGAUGAAAAUAAUUCAAUUGGUCCAUAUGCAUACAAGGGUAAUCAAUGGGUCAGUUUUGAUGAUGUUACAAUGGUUAAACGUAAAGCACAAUUUAUAAGAGAUAAUCAUCUUGGUGGUGGUAUGAUUUGGGCACUUGAUUUAGAUGAUUUUCGUGGUAAAUGUGGUCAUGGACGUCAUCCAUUAUUAUCAACAUUACAACAAGUAUUAGCAAGUCCACCAAAUGAUAAUGAUAAAACUCCAACAAGUGUUAUUGUACAACCAACAACUUUAACACCACCAAAAAAAAUGAAACCAUUCAAUAAUAAUAAUAAUAAAACAAUGAAUUCUCCAUCAACAACAACAACAACAUCAACAACAUCAAGACCAACAACUCAUCAUAAUAAAAAUAAAAAUAAUAAUAAUAAUAAUAAAUUUAAAGUUGUAUGUUAUUUUACAAAUUGGGCAUGGUACAGACAAGAAGGUGGUAAAUUUAUGCCUGAAGAUAUUGAUCCAGAUUUAUGUACACAUAUUAUUUAUGGUUUUGCUGUGUUAGAUAGUUCAACAUUGACAAUUAAAACUCAUGAUUCAUGGGCUGAUAUUGAUAAUAAAUUUUAUGAACGUGUUGUUGCAUAUAAAACAAAAGGUAUUAAAGUAUCAAUUGCAAUUGGUGGAUGGAAUGAUUCAGCUGGUGAUAAAUAUAGUAAAUUAGUUAAUUCAUUAUCAUCAAGAAGUAGAUUUAUUAAAAAUAUAAUUGAAUUUAUUGAUAAAUAUGGUUUUGAUGGAUUAGAUCUUGAUUGGGAAUAUCCAGUAUGUUGGCAAGUUGAUUGUACAAAAGGACCUGAAUCUGAUAAAGAAUCAUUUACAAUGUUUGUUAAAGAAUUAAGUGAUGAAUUUAAACCAAGAGGUUUAUUAUUAUCAUCAGCAGUAUCACCAAGUAAACGUGUUAUUGAUGCUGGUUAUGAUGUAUCAAUAAUAUCAAAAUAUUUAGAUUGGAUUGCAAUAAUGGCAUAUGAUUAUCAUGGUCAUUUUGAUAAAAAAACUGGUCAUGUUGCACCACUAUAUGUACGUGAUGAUGAUUGGGAAAUGACAUUUAAUGCAAAUUUUACAGUUAAUUAUUGGCUUGAAAAAGGUGCACCAGCAAAUAAAUUAGUAAUGGGUAUGCCACUUUAUGGACAAUCAUUUAGUCUUGCUGAAACAAAUGUUAAUGGUUUAAAUUCAGCAACUUAUGGUGGUGGUGAAGCUGGUGAUUCAACAAGAGCACGUGGAUUUUUAAGUUAUUAUGAAAUAUGUGAAAAAAUAUUAUUCAAAGGUUGGAAUGUUGUGCAAGAUCCAAAACGACGUAUUGGACCGUAUGCAUAUAAAGCUGAUCAAUGGGUUAGUUUUGAUGAUGUUGAGCAAAUUAAACUUAAAAGUGAAUUUGUUAAAAAUCAUAAUUUAGCUGGUGCUAUGGUUUGGGCACUUGACUUGGAUGAUUUUGAAAAUCGUUGUGGCUGUGAACCGAGUCCAUUGUUAAGAACAAUUAAUAGAGUAUUGAGAAAUUAUCCAGCUGGACCAACUUGUUCUUUAAAUGUUCACAAUAUCAAUAAUAAACCAACAAAAAUAACAACAACAACAACAUCAAAAACAAUAAUUGAAAAUGGUGAUUCCGUUGAAGUUAUAUCUGGACCAGCUCCAACAACAAUGCUACCAAUUGGUGAAUGUAAUGAAAAUGAACAAUAUAAACCUCAUAAAGAUGAUUGUUCAAAAUAUUUAAUAUGCAAUUUUGGACAAGUAUCAGUGCUAUCAUGUCCCAAUGGUCUCUAUUGGAAUUUACGUCAUUGUGAUUGGCCUGAAAAUACAAAAUGUAAAAAUCAUAAUAACAAAAAACAAUAAUUAUUUUUUAACAUUAAAUUUAAUUACUAUUAAUAUCCUCAUAUAUUUUUAAUUAC